UUAUUUAUUUUUAAUUCAUUAAAAAAUUCUCAGUUCUGAGUUCCACUGCUGCGUAUGGUUUACCUUGGAGUAUGUGGACAGUGCCAAGUAAGUUUCUGCAAUGGGUAAAAGAAAAAAUAUAAAACAGCUUGCUCUUUUCCCCACCCCAAAUUAAAAGGCUAAAUCUUACCUUUUGGUAUAGAAAUGCAAUGAAUUUGUAGGGUAGGGUGGGGUAGGAUAGGACUAAACUAAACUAAACUAUUUCAGUGGGCAGGGACCUACAAGGACCACCUGGUCCAACUGCCUGACCGCUUCAGGGCUGAGCAGAAGUUACAGCAAGUUGUUCGGGGCCUUCUCCAAACGCCUCUUGGACACCGCCAGGCACGGGAGCCUGUUCCAGGGUUUUUUACCUUCCUGUUCUUGCUAAAGAAAUGCUUCCUUAUGUCCAGUCUAAAGAGUUGUAAAUAGGAUGUCUUGAAUUAAGAAUAUAUUUUAUAUCUUUGGUAGUUUGUGACAUUUCUAGAAAACAUGUUGAUCAGAGGAAUUUUUAGAAGUGGGAAUAAUUUUCCUUCCCAGCAACUUAACAAAUUCAAUGCAAGUUCUUAAAAUGCUCUCUUGACGCAUUGAUGUUUUUCAGCAAAACAAAGUUUGGUUCUAAAAGCUUUUUUAGCUCUACUCCAGUACUGCUGCUCAUCUGGCAAUGUUGGACGCUGCUUGAAGAAGCCAGAACCAUGUUCUGCUCAGAAUAUUUAAGAAACUAAAUGAGUUUAUUCCUGUAAGGAAAUUAGAAAUAUUUUUAUAAUUUUUUAAACAUUUGUGUGCAAGUUACUUAUUCUUGCUGACAAAGUAGAAUGAAAUACAAUGUUAUGGAAAAGCAAAUAAGUUAAAUAAUCUCUUUCAAAAUUGCUUUCAGUAGUCACCUCCAGGUUAGUAAGGAGUUGGUCCAGAGGCAGCGGUCUCACGCUGUGAGCAACACGCAACAUCAAGGCUUCGUGUCCAUUACAAAGCACGUGUACAAUACUGCAUCAGAUGGCAGUGAAAUUUGAUCUAGAUGGUUUGAAAUCGCAGAACAUGUCUGUCAAAUUAUCCAGAGCAUACGGCGUGGAUGAAGGCUCUAUUUCAGCUGUAUGUUGGCUUACUAAGGACAAUCAGUACUGGCCUAGUAAAAGUUCUGCUGCUAUUAAGUUCCUUUUAUGAGAUUUUUAAACAAAAUUUGAACUACUGCAGUGGGUUUGUACAGAUUCACGGUUGUAGUGUUUUUGCAGUAUGCUCAUGAAGCCAGAUUUGCUGUUUUGUAGGGACACAGCCUAAGGCAGCGGUGGAAAAGCAUGGGCAGCCACAAUCACUGGGUGUUGUGGAUGCUAUUAUUUAUUCCAAAUAGGCCCCAAAGCUGAGAUUAACAACUUUCAAAGGUAUUUUUUAAAACAGGAGGCAGAUCCAGGUGCUUGACUAGAAGCAUGGAGAAAAGGGACAUGAAAUAGGAAGUGUGAUGUUACUCCCUGCUGAAGAAGAAGAGAAGAAAGGCAAGGAGCAUUCUGCAAAAAUACAGCCUUUUUGUUUUGAAACAGUGUAUGGAUAUAGCGUAACAUCUUUCAUAGCCAUUAGCGUUUGUAAAGAUUACUUUGUCUUAGCAACCAGUUCUAAAAACAGAGUCCAGGCUCACACAAACUUCAUCGUAUCGCAUCCAGGAGGAAGUGAUUUUGUUACUGUGCAGGGGCUUCUACUGUAUUCAUUACAGCCAACAACAUCAAAGAAGUGUCCAGUAGUAUGAGAUAGCAUUUCUUUUUCUGUAACAUUUCCAUAGAGGUCAGUGUAACUAGUAAUGUAUUCCCUAGGGAGAUAAAGCAUCACCUCCUGGUAUUUUGGGAUUUUAAUGUUUAAAAGCUCCAUCGUCUUUCUAGGAUGCUCUGUCACUGAGAAAUGUGAAUAGCUAGAAAUAGUUUAUUUCUGCAUUAGUCUGCCCUGCUCGGAUUUCCUUCUCUUCAUGUGUCUUUCUCGGUUUUAAGUUUUACCUGGAUAAUGUCAUCGACAUGUAUACCAUAUACACCACAUCAAAAAAAAAAAAAGAUAAUAACGGCUUGUCUCACAAAGCGUGAUGGUAACUGCACUAAGAUACCAGCAGAGGAACACCAGAGCUGAAUGUCACUUUUCAGCUCUUGUUGUCCAUAUUUUUGGGUCUGAAAGUUCCAGGAAAAUCUGGUGUAUUUUAAGAGAACAAACAGCAUUAAUUUUAACUGCUGAGAUGAUUUGUAAUGUUUUGUUAUUAUUUGUUAAGUUUCCUUUUGUGAGAUACUAGGAACUAAAGUUUAUUGCUCAACUUUUGAAUCCAGACUGCAGACCUUUAUUUCAGUCUUCAUUCUUGUAAUAUGAAUAGCUCUCAGUAUGAAAAUCAGCAUGCAAUAUAAAUUACGUACAUUCACAGACAAUGGGGGGGGAAGGAGGAAUCAGGAAAGAGACCAAAUUUCAGAUGAAAAAUGCUUUAAAAAUUUUGCAAAACUCCCUCAAACUGGAACUUUUCAAACAAUCAGAAAAAUGGAGGCAAAACAUAACCUACAAAUAACUCCACUGGAUAUUGAAACUGGAUGUAAAGGAUGUACUAGGGCGGGAGGCGUGCCGGAGAGAAGGAGCGGUCUGGCCUCAAGAGAGAAAAACAAAGAAAAACCAUUGUAUGUAAAACUAAGAUCUGGGUCCGAAAUGUAACAACUCGCGGUAAUCUGUGGCGGCUGUGAGACGCCCAGGGGAAGGAGCCCUGCAGGGAAGAGCUCUCCAAAGCUCUCAGUGACAAUGAACUUAACAUCUAUACUUGAAAAACAAAGCGUAUCAAAGCAGGCGUGCGGUCUGCUCAGCGACUCCCGAGGAGCCCGGACACCGGACUGCCAUCGCGCUGGGGGCUACAGAAUUCACGCCACGCCGUGGAACGGGUUCAUCUGCGGGUCACGGCUAUCCUCUCCUCAGCUCGGCCACCCCGCUCCCCCGCCGGUCGCCCCCACGCACGGCACGCCGCCGCCGUCCAGGGGAGCGCUGCCUCGGACCCCGCGGGGCAGCCCCCCGGCCGCCGCCGGUCCCGGCCGCCGCCGCCCGCAGCCAACAUGGCCGCGCCGCCACCGGCGCGUCAGGCGGCCGCCGCAGCCGCCCCAUUGGAAGAGGGGACGGAAGUGACGCAGCGGCGGGAGCCCGGUGCUGCGGGGCGGCGGAGGCCGGCAGCGCGGCAAUGAACAGCCGCCUGCAGGAGAUCCGGGAGCGGCAGAAGCUACGGCGGCAGCUCUUGGCGCAGCAGUUGGGAGCCGAGAACGCAGACAGCAUCGGUGCCGUGCUCAACAGCAAGGAUGACCAGCGGGAGAUCGCCGAAACCAGAGAAACGUGUCGGGCUGCUUAUGAUACUUCUGCACCAAAUGCAAAACGCAAAUACCCAGAUGAGGGAGAAGCUGAUGAGGAAGAGAUCGAAGAGUAUAAGGAUGAAGUAGAGCUGCAGCAAGAUGAAGAGAACCUGCCCUAUGAAGAAGAGAUUUACAAGGAUUCCAGUACCUUUCUUAAGGGUACGCAGAGCUUAAAUCCACACAACGAUUACUGCCAACACUUUGUGGAUACAGGACACAGACCCCAGAACUUCAUCAGAGAUGUUGGCUUAGCAGAUAGGUUUGAAGAAUACCCAAAACUUAGAGAGCUCAUCAGAUUGAAGGAUGAGCUGAUAUCUAAAUCUAACACUCCUCCCAUGUACUUACAAGCAGACUUGGAAGCUUUUGACAUUAGGGAACUGAAGUCUAAAUUUGAUGUGAUUCUUCUGGAACCACCACUGGAAGAAUACUACCGAGAGACUGGCAUUACUGCCAAUGAGAAAUGCUGGACCUGGGAUGAUAUCAUGAAAUUGGAAAUUGAAGAAAUUGCAGCCCCAAGGUCAUUUGUGUUUCUAUGGUGCGGUUCAGGCGAGGGUCUGGAUCUUGGCCGAGUGUGUCUACGCAAAUGGGGUUACAGAAGAUGUGAGGACAUCUGUUGGAUUAAAACGAAUAAGAACAAUCCUGGGAAGACCAAGACUCUUGACCCUAAGGCUGUUUUCCAAAGGACCAAGGAGCACUGCCUCAUGGGCAUUAAAGGAACUGUGCGUCGCAGUACAGAUGGUGACUUCAUCCAUGCUAAUGUUGAUAUUGACCUAAUCAUCACAGAAGAGCCUGAAAUUGGCAACAUAGAAAAACCUGUAGAGAUUUUUCACAUCAUUGAGCAUUUCUGCCUUGGACGACGACGUCUUCAUCUUUUUGGAAGGGACAGUACAAUUCGACCAGCUCCUAAUUCUCACCUGACCGGCUGUACCGAAGAGAUUGAGAGACUUCGGCCCAAGUCACCACCACCCAAGUCCAAGUCUGACCGGGGAGGUGGUGCUCCCAGGGGAGGAGGAAGAGGAGGGACUUCAGCAGGCCGAGGAGAAAGGGGCAGAGAGAGGAACAGAACUAACUUUCGGGGUGAGAGGGGUGGCUUCAGAGGGGGACGUGGAGGUACCCAUAGAGGAGGCUUCCCCACCCGCUGAUGACUGUUGGGUAGUUGCUUCUUCCCCCGGUCCUAUGCCUCUUCUCUGAAUCUUUUUCUUGGUCUUGUUUUUGCUAAAGCGAGUUAUUCUGGGGACUAAAGUUAGAUGACUUUUAAAAUUUUUUUUGGUGCAAGCCAUUACAGAUAGUCUGCCUUCCAGAGACCGGCCCGGCACAUCCCCGUAUUUGGCAGGCAGGGUCCUGCACCUGACAGCACCAAACUCAGCCUCCUGCCGGCUUCUGUUUGUCAAAACAGAGAGCACCAGCUCUUAAAACCACGGAUACGAUUGCAGUGAAACACUUGCUCUUCCCUUAUGAAACUUGCAAGUUGUGGGCUUUAUUAACUGUCGUUUUCUCCACAACACGGAUUCCUCUUCCUUCUUCGGAGGUUCAGGUUUGGACUGAAUUGGAUUAAUAGGGUGGAGGGGGCAUGAAAUGCAGUUCUGAAUUGCAUGGCCAUAGCAGGCUUACUCUCUUACUCAUGGAAGAAAAAGUGCUGUGUCUGUAUCGACACCUAUUUUAACUUCUCUGAAACCAAGGAGCAACUUGAAUAAAUAGAGUUCUAUUUUUUCUUA